GAUGCGGAUCAAACGUAUGGGUAACUCCAUUAUUGCCAAAAACAAACAGAAUAGAGUUGAAGUUGUUAUUUACUCUAACUCCACUCAUCAUUAUUGCCACUACUACCCAAAUAAACAGUGAAGUGUGACAGCACCUAUUUGCAUUUGGUCCCUUUCCUGUGUGUCUUCCUCCCCUAACAAUUUCUUACUUCUUCUGAUCACAUUUCACAAUGAACAGGAUGCUUAGACCCUUGCUCAAUCAAAUCCAUAGCUACCUAAUGCAGCCACGUAUAUGGAGAUUACUGGGUUUCGCAUCAACCCUUAUUGGAUUCAUAUGCUACGCUCUCAGCUCCUCCUUCUACCAACUCUUCGGAAGUUGGACCUUGUUCAAAAUCGUUGCUUAUAGCAUUUUCAGUAUCAUCAUUUGUCUCACAAUUUUGUUUCCAAAAUUAUGGCAACAAUUAAGAGGCCUCAACUUUGAAGCACACAUGGCCUUCUUCGUCUUGACCAUCACCUCUGUCUAUUCAUACUUUUCCGAUAAAGCGAUGAAAGGGAAACCAGAUGCUUAUAGCGUAACAUCCUAUGCUGCUUUUGCCGUUACAUCGCUUAGCUUGCAAAGACAGAAUGCACCGGCCAAAAACCGGAAUCAAAGAUUCCAAGAUAAGCAUCAUCUUGUCGUUCAAGUGAAUAUGAAUCCGUUGCAAGUCAAUAAUAAUAUUAAUAGCAAUCUUGUUAGCAGUAAUAUCCCUCAAAAAGCUCAGCAGCCGGAUGAACACGUGCCUGUCGAAGCGAAUAUCUUGCCGAGCAUGGAGGAGCGUAGAUGGGCUAAUUUGGCUGUUGUGAACAUGCUUAAGUGUAAUUUGAACAAAUACAUUCAAGAUAAGGUUCACCGGAUUCCAGAGAUACUAAUCAAUGAUCAUAACUUCCUGAUUGACGAGCUUCCAUCACAAUUAGUUAGUGACCUUCAUGAAAAAGUGAAGUUCAUGGUCCGAACCGGGUUCGAGAAGGAGUGUAUGGACCAAUACUGCACUUGGAGGAGAGAGUUCUUAGAUUUGGCGGGGAAGGAGCUUAGUAUACAAGAAAUCGAAGAGAAGAGAAGGAUUAAGACUUGGAUUAAAGUUUCCAAUGUUUCUCUCAAGAUAUUGUUUCCUAAUGAAAGGAGACUCUGCGAUCGCAUCUUCUUGGGUUUUCCUUCUGUCGCUGAUUGUUCUUUCGCGCAGAUUUGCGGAGAAUUCACCACUAAUCUGCUAGAUUUUGCCAAUGGUUUUGCCAAUGGUAGCCAUAUGCUUAAUCUUUUGCCCAGUGUCCUCCAAGUGUUCGGUGUAUUGCAUGAACUGAUACCAGAGUUUGAGUCAGUGUUUUUGGACCAAUUCAGUGUAUCGCUUAGGAGUGAAGCAGCGACGACCGGAAGGAGACUAAGGAAAGCAAUCAACGGGAUGUUCAUGCAGCUUGAGAAGUUGAUAAAUUGUGAUACAUCACAAGUAGCUUGUACUGGAGGUAUUUGCCCUGUUACCGUGGAAGUGAUGAACCAUCUUAGUGCUGUUGGAGAGUUUGGGUCUUCUUGGCUUUCUGCGGAGGUAACUAGAAUAAUUGCAUUGUUGGAAAGCCAUCUGGAAGCCAAGUCCAAAGAUUACAGCAACCCUGCUUUGGGCUUUGUUUUCUUGAUGAAUAAUGAGAGGUACAUUGAAAAGAAGGCAAAACAGUAUCAAUUGGAUAAGAUUUUGGGCAAUCAUUGGAUCCGACAAAGGGCUGCUAAAGUCCGAGAAAACUGUGAACACUACAGGAGAAGCUCGUGGGAAGAGGUCUUAGGGUUUUUGAAACUUAGCACAGAGCAAAUUGAAGAAGCAGAGUCCAUGAAGAAGAAGCUCAAUCUGUUCAACUUGCGGUUUAAGGAGAUAUGGAUGGAUCAAAGUGCAUGCUUUAUGCAUGAUGAAGAGCUAAGGGAAGAGAUAAUAGCAUCGCUGAGAAAGAUAUUGUCUCGUACCUAUGGAUUGUUCAUUUGGAGUUUCAACAGGAUACUUGGUAAGGAUGCUCAUGAGUGUAUCAGGUAUUCAGUGUUAGACAUUGAAGACCUACUGAAGGAUUUAUUUGGCUGGAGAGAUGAACAACUAGCAGAAUGAAAGAUUAAGUAAGAACUUUAUGGAUAGUAUACCUUCAGAUCUAAGGAUUCUCAAAUUCUAGAUCAAUCAUUUGCCUCCAAUGGCAAUGUGCAAUUGGAUCAUUGAUGCAGUACCAGGGAGCUCAUCAUUAUCAAUAUGAAAUGCUGAAAAAUAGGGUUCUUGGGUAGCUGACUAUGUGAUGUAGUCAGUGGUAACAAUUAGUAUAAAAUAAUAGUCUGAUUAAAUAAAUAAGGUACAACCCCGCUUAGAAUUCUUGGACAUUCGGAAGUAGUUAUACAUGAUUGUAUAGGGAUAGGAUUUCAGUGAUUAUGUUAUUUUGUUAUUUCAUUGAUUGCUCUACUUGAUGCUUGUGUAUUAUGUUGUGUUUUUUU